CACUCUGUCCUUGAGGUCGACAUUUACAGGUUAGAGUCUCUCUCAGGACGCGGGGAUGGUAGCUCUGCUGGAACAUGUGGAGGUCCACUCUUUUGUCGUACUUGAAUCUCACUCUCUGUGUCUCCUCGUGUGUGUUGAAUGAGUUCAUGAGGACCAGCGGCUCGUCGCUGUUGUGCUUCUUGUUCAGAUACGGCACGACCAGGGAGAGAGGAGGGGGAGGAAGGGACUACAUAAUUAGUUGAAGAGAGAUAUUGGUGAGUGAAGUGAGCCUACCUAGUCAUCUCAAUGAGGCACAUAUUGUAAUGUUUUACGUUAUUCAAAUACAUAUGCGGAAAAUGCAACUACUCGCAUUUGUUUUCCAAAAGCAUUCGAAAUUUUGGUUAUCAUAGUGAAUAAGCAAGUGCAUGGAUAGAUUUUUCACUUCACAACAGCCUUUUAGGGUCUUUUGGGUGGGGGAGGAGAAAGAGUCUGGCAUGUCUCGUAAAUGUUCUGUACAUGUCAAGACUUGGUGUAGGCAACCACUGAACGGAAAGGUUGUGGAUGUACACGUAUGUUCCAGGGCCUUUCUUUACCGGAAUACGUCAGAUAAUACUCGCACUAGGGAGACUAAAGGCAUGUGAAGUCCAGAGGGGGAGACAAGAGAACAGGAACAUCAGGUCUACCUGACCUCCUUGAAUAGUCAGGUCAGAUGCGAGCAUGGGAAUCAUGCACAUCACAUGUGCUCUCUUGCGUGUAUCUUUUGCUCGUAAAACGAACAAUGCUGCACACUAUACACACAUAUUGGGACGGGUUUAGCGUGCAAUGUCACUGCUCUGGUGGGGGUGGGAAAUCAGUAUUAUGCUAUAACCCAGUUGGGGUUUGGUAAGUCGAGAAGUUUGGAAUUGAUAAUGAGCUAGACCCAAGUUGGUUAGGGCAAUUUCUUGUGUUUCCUGCAUUCUCUUUGCAUCCAACAGAGCAACCCACGACGGUGUUUGGUGAGAAACUGAGGGAUCAGGUAGAAGAAAGGCUUUCCUUUUUUUUGAGUCGGGGGAGCUUCCCAGCAAAAACAUAUGCCGUGAUGCAGGAGGCAAUCUCUCUGAGUCUCAGCUUCAAGCCGACAAGAUGGACCUCUCUUUGGACGCCUCCUUCACUGCUGGGGAAAGUGGUGGUGGGGAGAAGAAAAAGAAGAAGAAAAGGAAGUGGAGAGGUGAAGGAUCCUAUCUCCUCCUCCUCUUCCUCUCUCGUGCAGUUGUGAAGUGCCCCAGAGGGCCUCUGCAGAUAACAAACGGUGGCCCAGGGAUGGAGACCGAGGAAGGGGAGUGGGCACAACUGGACGCAGACACGAGGCUGGGGUUUGGUACAACAGUCACCUUCAGAUGUAACAGAGGCUAUGGACUGCCCGAGGGAGUCUGGAAUAGAACUUGUCGAUUAAACGGGACCUGGUCUGGAGCAACACCUACCUGCAACAUUCAGUGCCAUAAUCCAGAGCCCACUGGAUACACAGUCUCUCCACUGAGCAACUACUACGACAUUGGGGAUCAGAUCAGAGUAGACUGCAUGGAUGGACACGAAGGGAGCACUUACCUGACCUGUCUCCGGAGUGGAAACUGGGAAGUACACUACCCCGAGUGCUCUCGUAGCUGUGCCGCUCCGCCGGUAGACAAUGCUGACCCACCAGUUAUAGGAUCGACUGUAAAAUUCACAUACACCUGCCGCGCUGGCUACACUCUCCUGGAUGACUCCUGUGAGAACUCCACCCUCUCCAGCACCAACUACACCCUGUCCUGUGUCAAUGGAGCGUUUGAAGGACGGGUUCCAGUCUGCACAAGAGUUGAGAUAAUAACUCAGUCGAGUGACACUACUCUAGUGAACACUGUGAAUGGAGUCUAUUAUUACCAGAUGGAGGCAGAAUCAAGGGAUAAAGUGUUGACAUGUGGUCUCGAAGGAGUCGACCAAGAGCAGCAUCCAGCUCGGUGGAUUCUACCACGAAAACCAAACGGAGAACUGCCUCCUGAGGUGGUAAAUGAUGGCAACACACUCACCUUCCUCACUGCUUACGAAGAACAAAAUGACACCUACAUCUGCAACAUCUGCAACGUGAAUGCUUCAGUGAUUGUGCGUGUCACACCACCGACAACUAAUUGAUCGGUCUACUCCAGUUUGGUCAGCGUGUGAUGAUCUUUCUAUCACUAAGAGUUGACACAGCACUAUGCAAAGAUUUGUAUAUGGAAACACUGAGUAGAGUAUAUUAUUUUACCUCUAUCUGUUGGACAGUGAGGUCGAGGA